AUAUAUAAUAGCGUGCGCCGGUAGGAGCUAUAUAAACACAGUAAUUCAUUUGAGUAUCUCCGGCUUGACCUCUCCAAUGAGAAGGGAGGACUACAUGUCGUGAUAAUUAAUAAACAAUCAGUACAUGUUACAUCUCCAAAUAAUGCAACCUCGAGCCCCGCCCGCUGAUAUCACUUACGGUAAUACCAUUUCUAACGGAACUGCUCAGCCCACAAUAUUAUCCGACCCUGCCGGCUUCGCAACUCUAUAUGAAUUUGUCCCUGAAAACUUACAAAUCCAUCUAGACAUCUACCUGCACAAGUCGGUAGUAAGUAAGAAUAAAACUAUAGAAUACCACUAACUGGAACGGAAGAGUCCUUGAUAUCAUAAUGAAGGAAGCUAUUGUAUCUAAAGGCUUAAAAGUCGAGAUCGUCGACUCGCCUAUUCCGAAGCCUAACGCCGACCAGGUCCUUAUAAAGGUCGUUGUGAGCGGAUCCAACCCUAAAGACUGGAAAUUAGCAGAAUUGCGCAAUGUCACCGGCAAUGCGGGUGAUGACAUUGCUGGCGUGGUGCAAGAGGUUGGCGAAAAUGUGAUAGAAUUUAAACCUGGGGAUCGCGUUGGCGCAUUUCACCAGGUUCUGCAACCACACGGAUCCUACGCCGAGUAUGCCAUCGCAUGGCAGCAUGCCACUUUCCAUAUCCCGCCGAAGACGACAUUCGAAGAGGCCGCAGCUAUCCCGUUAGCUGCUAUGACGGCAGUAGUUGGGCUGUAUGGCCAUCUCGGUCUCCCGCAGCCGUGGACACCGGCAACCGAGUCUAUGGCACUUGUUAUCCAUGGCGCAUCCUCGGCCGUUGGCGCCUACGCCGUCCAGUUCGCCCGAAAGAGCAACAUCCAUCCCCUCAUCUGCAUAGCUGGAAAGUCUCGGCCCUACGUAGAGACGUUGAUCGAUCGUACCAAGGGAGACGUCGUCAUCGACUACCGUGACGGGGACGACGCCGUUGUCGAAGGUCUUAAGAAAGCCUCAGCAGGACUUAAACUCCUAUAUGCUUUUGAUGCCACGUCGGAGCACAACAGCUACGCUACCGUCAGCAAGGUCCUCGACGAAGGAGCUAAGAUAACAGGGGUUUUGCCCCCAGAUAACUACGAAUUUCCUCCUCGUAUCUCGAAUUCCGUAGUUCUCGUGGGAAAUAUCCACACAACUGAAAAGGACUUCGGCUUUAUCUACUUUAGAUACAUCACUCGUGCUCUGCAGGAAGGAUGGUUCAAAGCACAACCCCAGGAGGUUGUACCCGGGGGCCUAGGGGGCAUUAAGAAAGCAUUAGAGGAUCUGAAAGCUGGCAAAGCACAUGCUGUAAAAUACGUUUUCAGAAUUGCGGAUACGGAGGGAGUUGCGUAGGUGGCACUAUGGCUGAUAGAUAGUGUGGACAUGACAAUCUUGCUUAAGGCUUAAACAAAAUCCAAGGAAACAAAUGUUACUAGUGUUGUUAGAUGCGCGACCUUAGCAAAUCGAUCACAUCAUUCAACAUCCCUUAUACCUAGUGGCGAUUAAACAAUCCGAAAUUUCUUUCCAUCGAG